CACAACUCUGGCUCACACGUUUUAUGCCGGACAAUGGAGUACCCGUUCAUUUAUGACACCCUUCUAUGGGUGUUUUCAGUGUUAAUUGACUUCUUCUUUCGUGAAGUUCGCACGCGUGGAACUUUUCGUGUUCCUCGAAAAGGACCUUUGAUUCUUGUCGCCGCUCCUCAUGCAAAUCAGUUUGUGGAUCCUGUCAUUUUCAUGCGUCAGUUGCGACGCGAAACUGGUCGCCGGAUUUCGUUUCUGAUUGCUGCAAAAUCAAUGCGAAUGAAGUUUAUUGGUACAAUGGCGAAGGCGUUUGGUGCAAUUCCUGUUGAAAGAGCUCAGGAUUUGGCUAAAAAGGGUGCUGGUACCAUUCGAAUUGGUGAUGAUCCAUGCUCCAUCGUCGGAAACGGUACCGAAUUCACGAAUUACAAGAUUGGCUACACCAUAAUUCUUCCCAACAAUGCCGGAACAUCGGAAAUUAUGAGUAUUGAGGAUGAUACGCAUGUGCGUAUCAAACGCCCAUUCCGUUCAUCUGCUUCAGAGAAACUUCGGAGUGGGGAAUCCAACUUCAAGAUAGCACCGAAGAUUGACCAACGCCAAGUGUUUGAAAGCGUGUACCACCGACUGCUGCAUGGCAGUUGCGUUGGUUUGUUUCCCGAAGGUGGUUCUCAUGAUCGCCCUGAGAUGCUGCCUUUGAAGGCCGGUGUUGCCAUUAUGGCCCUUGGCACUUUGGCCAAGGACCCCAAUUGCGGUUUGACUAUUGUUCCUUGUGGCAUGAAUUACUUCCAUCCACACCGUUUUCGUUCCCGUGCCGUCUUAGAGUUUGGUGCACCAUUUUCCAUCCCCUCAGAGCUUGUGGAAAUGUACAAGAGCGGCGAGCGGCGAGAAGCGAUUCAGCGUGUGCUGGAUCUCGUGUAUGAUGCAUUGCUUUCCGUGACCGUUCAGGCUCCAGACUUUGAGACGCUUAUGGUUAUCCAAGCAUGUCGUCGCCUGUACCGUCCGGAUCAUGUUUACAUGUCACUCCCACGUGUUGUAGAUUUAAACAGAAAACUGAUUAUUGGCUAUAACCGUUGCAAGGAUGAUCCUCGUGUACAACAUUUGCGUGAUCGCAUUUUAUUGUACAACCGUCAGCUCUACCGGCUUGGCAUUCGUGAUCACCAAGUUUCUAAGUUCAAGUACAAUCGUUUUCGCAUAUUGUAUCAGCUCAUUUACCGUUGCUGUUGGCUUACGAUUAUGGCGUUGGGUGCUCUUCCUGGAUGCAUCCUUUUCUCUCCAGUAUUCAUCGCUGCCAGUCGUAUCAGUCAUAAGAAAGCUCAGCAAGCACUCAAGUCUUCCACCGUCAAGAUUCAAGGUCGCGACGUCCUGGCUACCUGGAAGCUUCUUGUUGCUUUAGGUUUUGCACCCGUGUUGUAUACGUUUUAUGCUGCUCUUUGCGAAUGGAUUAUAUAUCACUAUAAUCUCGUACCGCACUCCAGUUGGCUUAUGUAUGCAACACCGUUUUUUUCCGCGAUCCUCUUUCCCAUGGUAACUUAUGCUGCUCUUCGUUUUGGUGAGGUCGGUGUUGAUACGUACAAAUCGAUUCGUCCGUUGUUCCUGGCACUGAAUCCGCGAACUGCUAAUGCUGUUUAUGUGAUACAGCGAGAACGUGAAGAGCUUGUUAAGCAAUGUACUGAGGUAUUCAACUCGCUUGCUCCUGACCUGUUCCCUGAAAUGGACGUUCCUCGUCUCAUCACCCCAGGCACAACUGGGUCUGCUGAGGACAGUGAUUCAGAGCUGCCUUCCCGUUUCCAUCGCCGUUUGAGCUCAUCUGUUGCUUCUGACGUGGAUAACCUUUCUCAGCUUCAUGAUCUUGACUCUCCACCUUCUUCGGAUGCGGUGGAGAAUAACAACUCGACUGUCAAGCCAGGAAACGUUUACUUGUUUUCCCCGUCACCUGCAGUAAGAGAGCCAGGUGCUCAAAUGACGGAGGAUGAAGCUCGUCUUAUUCGCACUGCUCAUCGUGAACGUAUGGGCCUUCGUUUCCGACAACUUGGUGCCCGCGACCUUAUGAAUAAUGAAGUUUUUAGUGAGUCAGAUGAUGAUUUGAGUAGCUAGGUUUAUCCUAACUAGCUGCCUCGUAUACUCGUUUUUUUUCCUUGUUUUGGGAUUCACGAGCACAUCCUCUUUCUCAAUGUACAACAGUCCUGUGUACAACAAUUUCUGUGUAUUGUUGUAAUUUAUGUUCCUCCUCUUGUUUGUCUCAUUUCUCCAACACAGGAGAUCUGUCUUAAUGUGUCGUCGGCAAAAGCACGGCUCGCUUGUUCUGUACGAGUCAUUUUUGUGCCUCGCGUCCCAGCAAUAAUUUUCUGUGUGUAGUCUUUUUUUGACUGUCUUGCUUCUCAGUUGCUUCUAUUUAAAAUAUCCUGCACAAGUGCAAGAGCGUUGCAUUCGAUUUUUUCUAAUGAAUGCACAAGUCUCGUAAAUGACGAGUUCAUUAUCAAAGUUUUAUUUAUUUUCUUCAUUUUCCGUAGUAAUGUACUUGUGUAUUCUAAUGCAUAAACGGUAAGCACAUGAAUGUCUUGUUUGUAGU